ACUUUAGUAUUGAGAGCAGCGGAAAUUGUGUGCGGGGGGAUCCGGAGAAAUUAAAACCACAACUAAUUAGCCAAAUAAUUACUAUAAUUGGGGGGUGGAAACGAACACAGAUGCUAUGAAAUGAUUUUUCUUUAUCAAAAACCGCUGCGUUUUUGGACUAAAUACCAUCCAAGUAGUAAAAAUCGGCUUUUUAAGCGGAGUGCUAUUUUUCUUUUAUCAGCAGUCAAAACAUUUCAUUCAAUCGGAUUUGACUAAAAAAAAAGCUUGUCACCGUCAUGGAGGUUCAACGACGGCCAGACGAAGCUGGCGAAGAGUCCAACCGGGCCAUCCUGCCUCUUUUGCAGCCACCUGGCAACCAGCAGUCCCACCGGAUCACCAACUUCUACAUUGACGACAUUUUAAGACCGGAUUUCGGCCGGAAGAGAAAAGGUGUGCCUCCGGUCCGGGAGGGGGGCGACGCCAGAACAGACGAACCCAAGCCCGAUAACCAAGAUUUACAAGCGAAUGAUUUUUCGGACCCGUCCGAUGAGAAGCAUUCUGACGGCCGGAAAAGUGACCUGAUCGGCGGCGACGUGGCGGAGACGAUCCGGGGAGAGGAGCGUGGGCCCCCGGCCGGCGCUGCACCUGACGCCGGCAGACAGAUGCUCUGGCCGGCCUGGGUUUAUUGUACUCGCUACUCGGACCGCCCGUCCUCAGGGCCCAGAUCCCGUAAACCCAAAACGACUCGGACUCCGACGAAAGACGACAAGCGGCCCCGGACGGCCUUCACCGCGGAGCAACUCCAUAGACUCCGAAACGAGUUCCAGAGCAACCGGUACCUGACCGAGCAGCGCAGGAAAAACCUGGCCCGGGAUCUCGGCCUCAACGAAUCUCAGAUUAAAAUUUGGUUCCAGAACAAAAGAGCAAAAAUCAAGAAGGCUACCGUGGAUAAAAACUCGCUGGCGGCGCAACUGAUGGCGCAAGGACUCUACAACCACGCAACCAAGGACGCAAAGUCAGACAGUGACAAUUAAAAAUACAAUACUUCAACUACAGGCUAUUUUGACAUGUGUGUGUGUGUGUGUGUGUGUGUGUGUGUGUGUGUGGAAGCGACAUAUCCUCAGGGCUUGACAGGCGCUGCGUUCAAAUGCCAGGGCAGAGAAUAGGAAUUUUUCAGGACAUUGCCCAAAAUGAACAUGCUUGAAUCCGUCUGUCGCCAUCUUAAUGACAUUCAGACGAAUUAAGCCAGAAGGAUGCUAACACUAUUGUUGUUUUGCUAAAGUGCUAACCGCGUCAGGGAGACGAACAGGAAACAACAAUCUGGCGCUAAGCUAGCCUGAUUCACGCCAGUCAUUGAGACAACUAUGCUGAAGUCCAAAGAAUUGACUUUUGUUGCAUUCAGUGCAGCGUAAGGACUGUUUACCUUCAGGUCUGAGUGUUUAUCUGUAAACCGAGCCUACUACAGCCUUCUAAGGGUGCCUAGAUGUACACCAGGGGUGUCCAAAGUGCAGCCCGGGGGCCGUUUGUGGUCCCAAAUGAAAUGACUCUGUUAUUAAGAUGUAUUGUUAGAUAUUUUCACACCCCCAAGCAGUUCUACAAAAGUUAUUCAUUGAAUGUGGGGGGCGCUAUUUGAAGUUUAAUUGGUUGUGUGGGGUGGGGGGGUGUCCAAAAUGCGGCCCGGUGGUCAAAAACUCCCUUAAAAAAGAGCAAAAAUAUGAAAUGUUGAUGCAAAUGAAAAAUAACUUCUUUUAGCCUUUGAAGAAUAUUUUGUUUUCCAAGAACGUGGAACCGCUUCCAAGGAAAAUGAAAAUAUUAGUGGACCCCCACCCCUUUAAAACAUCAGCAAUAAAAAAAAAAGCUUCCAGGGAAUAUUUCCCUGACCUUAUGGACCUAUAUGAUCUCAUGUAGGUCACUCACACAAUAAAUACACUCUAUAGCCAUACGGAUGCAAGCUCUCCAAGGCCUUUUGUUGGGUCCAUGUCAUGAAGAUCCAAGCCAAAUGCUGGUCUUAUUGUGACUCUUUGCUUCUUUUUUUUUUUUGGCUGAUUUGUCUUAAGUGUUGACGUACAAACACUUGCCUUAAAACAGUGUAAAUAGAUGCUUUUCUAUUCGGCUAUUGGGAAUUUUCUUUCAAAAAAUAAUAAAAAAAUAGUCACUGAUUCAGUCAUUGGAUUGUUUUUAUUUAUGCUUCAUAUGUAACGUUUAUGAUGGUGGGAGAAUAAUAAAAAAAACAGAAAGUGAUGGUGUGGACUUUAUUUUAUGCUACUUUGGGUUGAUGAGUCAAUGAUGCCUGAUAUGAGGCAAAUUUGAGGCAAUUUGAAAUGAUCAAACAUAAAAACAUAAUUCAUAAAAAAUACUUUUUUACACUCUCGAGAGUUGAGUGUUCCUUCUAUGUGAAAAAUCACAUCCCAGUUUGAAACUAGAGUCCAAAUCCUUAUUUAGAAAGCAAAGAUAACAUUAUCACUAGCAUCAAAUGUAACAUGAUU